CACUCUGGUCUAAUUUUCAUCUAAAUCCAUGAGCUUUUUUAGCGCUUAUUGUUUACAACCGUGUAGCAUAUAAUCCGCCAACGCGCUUGUUUUACCAUCACUUUAAUACAAUGAGCAAUGAUGAACCACCAGAGACGAUAUCUACACCCUUGGGUGAAAAGAAGCACAGCGAUAGAGUAUAUCGCCUUGUCAUUGUACAGCAUCCAGAUCGAGUGCGUUCAGCUGGAUUUGGACAAAAGGAUAGGCGACCUGUAGAUCCACCACCUAUAUUGCAGGUAUCUAGGCAGGUCAGCGAAAAUCACUGGGAGCCUGUUGUCGAUGCUACCGAUAUAUUAUUCAUGGUUGUACAGUGCGAUUUAUACUCUGAAGACGGUAUGACUUCCUGUAGUCUCGUUUAUAAUCCAUCCCGGCUUCCUGAAGCCUUACAUGCGGCGGGCUCAUCGUCUUCUUCAGGAUAUAGUUCGGUCAUGACUGUUCGACCCCUUCAUGAACCGACUCCGCUUCGCAAUUUGACAGGAUCGAGCAUUGCCAAUGCUUGCCAGCUGCUGGACACUGACAAUAAGCCUGGUGUUUUUUUCAUAUUCCCUGAUAUUUCUGUUCGUACCGAAGGACGAUUCACGCUCAACUUUGCCUUGAUUGACUUGAGUGAUGGUGAACCUUCCACCAUGAGUACGCGUAUUAAAUGCCAAGUGCGUUCCAAUCCAUUUACAGUCUAUUCCCCUAAACAUUUCCCCGGGAUGCGUGAAUCCACCCCACUAUCUAUUGCCUUUGCCAAGCAAGGUAUCAAAAUUGCCGUUAGAAAAGGUUCAAGGCUCAGCCGGAACGUGAUCGAACAUUACUCUGCGUCAUCCUAA